UGACUUAAUGGUUGCUGUCCCUGUCUUCUGCAAGAGUGGCUUUCUCCAUCAACCUGCUUGGCUGCUGGGACUGUCUCUGCAUCUCUCCGCAGUCUCCUCCUCCUGAGCUGUGUUCCCCCAUCAGUCCACUGUGGUGAUCAGGCAGCAAACACGUGCUCUGAGUGGCCAUGGGGAAGCGAUACUUCUGUGACUACUGCGACCGCUCCUUCCAGGACAACCUCCACAACCGCAAGAAGCACCUGAACGGGCUGCAGCACCUCAAGGCCAAGAAGGUCUGGUACGACAUGUUCCGAGAUGCAGCUGCCAUCUUGCUGGAUGAGCAGAACAAGCGGCCCUGCAGGAAGUUUCUACUGACAGGCCAGUGCGACUUUGGCUCCAACUGCAGAUUUUCCCACAUGUCAGAGCGAGACCUGCAGGAGCUAAGCAUCCAGGUGGAGGAGGAGAGGCGAGCCAGGGAGUGGCUGCUAGAUGCUCCCGAGCUCCCCGAGGGCCAUCUGGAGGACUGGCUGGAGAAGAGAGCCAAGCGGCUGAGCUCAGCCCCAAGCAGCAGGGCUGAACCCAUCAGAACCACCGUCUUCCAGUACCCCGUGGGCUGGCCACCAGUCCAAGAGCUGCCCCCAUCCCUGCGGGCACCGCCACCUGGGGGGUGGCCCCUGCAGCCCAGAGUCCAGUGGGGCUGAGCCCCUUGCCCCCGACUGACCCCCACGUGGUCACUUUUCUCAUCAGUCACAAGCAGGAAGCCAAGCCCUGUUCCUGUGACGCCCCAUGGAGGCUCUGAGACCAUCUGCCUGGCCUCACUGAGGCUCAGGACACGGCCGCAGCAAGUGUAGCCCUGGGUCUGCACCAGGCAGCUCCUGCCUCACUCCCCUCCACCUGCCUCCUCCUCCUUAUCAAGAUGGGGGAGAAAACUUCCAGAUGUUUAUAAAGAAAGUCUGUCGCCACA